AUGGAAGACCAGAUGGAUACAGCGCCGAUUGAGCAGCGCGGCACCAAGCGUGCGGCUGAAGAGACCGGGAUUCAAGAACCCCCCAAAUCGAAGAAGAUCAAGGCAAGGAAACGCGCUCUGGACCCUGAUGUCGUGAACAAAAUUGCGGCUGGAGAAAUUAUCGUCGCACCAAUGCAUGCACUGAAGGAGUUGAUUGAGAAUGCAGUCGACGCUGGCUCCACCUCUAUCGAAGUCCUCGUCAAAGACGGCGGCCUGAAACUACUUCAAAUUACCGAUAAUGGCCAUGGAAUUGAUCGAGACGAUCUUCCAAUUCUCUGUGAAAGAUUUACUACAUCCAAACUCAAGGAGUUCGAGGAUCUCUCCUCUAUUGGAACGUAUGGAUUCCGCGGUGAAGCACUCGCCAGUAUCAGUCAUAUUGCACAUCUCACGGUUACAACGAAGACGGCUGGUUCCAGCUGUGCGUGGCGAGCACAUUACGGAGAUGGAAAGCUGAUUCCUGCGAAGCCGGGACAGAAUGCUGCACCCAAGGCAACGGCUGGGAGGGGAGGAACCCAGAUCACAGUUGAGGAUCUAUUCUACAACGUCCCUACUCGACGUAGAGCCUUUCGCUCAGCAAGUGAAGAGUACGCCAAAAUCCUUGAUGUCGUUGGUCGAUAUGCAGUACAUUGUCAUGGGGUUGCAUUCUCAUGCCGCAAACAUGGUGACUCUGGCGUGAGUAUCUCGACUCCAGCUAGCGCUAGCACUGUCGACAGGAUCCGCCAGAUCCACGGCAGUGCUGUCGCGAACGAGGUUGUUGAAUUCAACUGUGAAGACAAGAAAUUUGGCUUUCGAUCAUCUGGCUUUGCCACCAAUGCCAACUAUCAUGUCAAAAAAACAGUGAUUCUGCUCUUCAUUAAUCACCGUGCAGUCGAGUCAACGACUUUCAAGCGCGCGGUCGAACAGACAUAUUCAGCAUUCUUGCCCAAGGGUGGCCACCCUUUUGUCUACCUUGAUCUCGAGAUUGAACCCAACCGAGUCGAUGUUAAUGUACAUCCAACAAAACGCGAGGUCAACUUCUUAAAUGAAGACGAGAUCAUCGAGCUGGUUUGCACCGAAAUCCGAUCCAAACUCGCAGAGGUGGACUCAAGUCGGACAUUCUUGACUCAAAGUCUUCUUCCUACUGUACCAACCAUCCAGUCCCUACAGGAUGACAGAAACGAGCCAAAAGAGGGAGCAGAUAAAACAAGAGGAGCAACACCCAAAACACCAGCAACAAACAAAAAGCCCUACGAAAACAACCUCAUACGAACAGACUCCAAAGUCCGCAAAAUCACAGCAAUGCUAGCACCCUCACCGCGAGACCCAUCCAACCCCAACGCCCCAGACACCGACAACCAAAUAACUUCCGUCCUAGAAGGAGGCCUCCAAUACACAACAACCGACCGCCAACCCCUCCGCAUAGCCCUAUCCUCAAUAAAAACCCUGCGGGCAAACGUCCGCGCCGAAAUGCACAACACCCUAACAGAAAUGUUCGCAACACACACCUACGUCGGCCUAGUUGACGAACAACGCCGCCUAGCAGCAAUCCAAUCUGGCGUAAAACUCUACCUAAUAGACUACGGCCUAACAAGCAACGAAUUCUUUUACCAAAUCGGCCUAACAGACUUCGGCAACUUCGGAACAAUAAAACUAAACCCAGCACCGAAGUUAACAGACCUUCUCAAAAUCGCUGCAGACGAAGAAAAAAAACAGGAACACUCAACUCAAGGAACCCAAGAUUCGAAUCAGAACGAUGCAGAUAAAAUAUUCGCCAAUGCACCCGACAUGAUCGCCCGCACGCUCGUCCAACGCCGCGAAAUGCUAAACGAGUAUUUCGCCAUGCAGAUCAGUUCAGACGGCCACCUCCUCUCCAUACCCCUGCUGUUGAAGGGGUAUGUGCCCGCCCUAUCGAAACUACCUCGCUUCCUACUCCGUCUCGGUCCGUAUGUCGACUGGGAUAGUGAGGAGGGGUGUUUCCGGUCGUUUUUACGUGAGCUUGCUGCUUUCUAUACGCCUGAACAACUCCCCGUUCUUGCGGGGGAUGCAGAUGUAGAUGCAGAUGCAUCAGGGUCUGCAUCGGGGUCUGAGUCUGGGCCUGCACCUCCACCUGCGCAGGCCGAUUCCACGACCGAGCCGGUUAUAGCCGAUGCAUCAUCCUCGUCCGCACGCACGUCCGAGCUUGAUGCGGAGGCGUUUGUUAGGGCGCGCCGGGCGCAGAUCAUUCGUAUGUUGGAGUAUGUUCUUUUCCCCGCUGUGCGGGCUCGACUUGUUGCCACGUCACGGUUGUUGCGUGGUGUUGUUGAGGUUGCUGAUUUGAAGGGGUUGUAUCGGGUAUUCGAGCGAUGCUGA